AUGGAGAAUGUGUGGAAAAGCGGCAACCAGUUCUUCGCGAUUGGAGUAGGCGGGGUAAACAUGGAGAACGGGCACACCACGUUGUUCAUCUCAUCCAAUAAAAGCGAGGGCUGGAUCGAGAUGUAUGUCCUUGAGGAACAGUUUGAAUAUAAUUCACAUAUUGUUUCUACUCUGAUUAAUAUGCAUGGGAAGUGUGGGAAUUUGAAAUCUGCGCCACAGUUGCUUAUUAUGGGCAUGCACAUAAUUCGCUCGUCUUAUUUCAAUGCAUGUUGGAUGAGAAAAAAGGUUUUGUGUCUGGAUGAUAUCACUUUUGUCGGGGUUCUUUUUGCAUGUGUUCAUGCGGGUUUGAUGAGUGAAGGUCAUAGAUUUUUUAAUACGAUGAAUUAUCCUUUGGACUGGACUUCGAGAGCUGGGGCGUGA